UAGUAAGUAAAGUUUACAAUAUCUAUAAAAAGUAUGUAGUGAAUACACUUCUGUUUUUUUGUAACUACUAGCGGCAUUCCGACUACUGUCAUCCUAAAUUUGAUUGACGUUUUAGACUUUUUAGGUUACAAAUUAUAUUGAAAUUGUACCUGUAAUACUUAAAAUAUUUAACGAAAUCAAUGUAAUUAGGUGUAAUAUGUCCACUUCACGAACAGAUAUAUUGAAAUUAUAUAAAAAUUUGAUAUUAUAUUCAAAAACAUUGAGGUUUACGGACGUUAAUUAUUUUAAAAGAAGAAUCAGAAGUGAAUUUAAGAAAAAUAAGACAUUAAAUAACUCAGAAGAUAUAAGUUACGCAAUUAAGAAAGGCGAAGCUUUACUUCAACGGGGUAGUGUCGUAUAAAAUGUUGACAUUCAGAAUUUUAAACAAUGUAAAUAGAAGCGUCUCAGCUUUUCAAAAAAAUUCUUCAGCAUUAAAACAUACCAUUGAUUUCUCUAAAGUACCGAAAAUUAAUGAAUGUGAUCUAACAGAACAAUUUGUUAGAGGAUCAGGGCCAGGAGGUUCAGCAGUUAAUAAAAAUUCUAACUGUGUUGUUUUGACACAUAUACCUACAGGUAUUGUUAUAAAAUGUCACACCAGCCGAAGUCAAGAUGAAAACAGAAAAAUGGCACGGGACAUGUUGAUAGCUAAGUUAGAUGAUAUUAUCAAUGGUAAGGAUAGUGUAGAAUCCCAGAAGAAAAUGAUUGAAGAAAAUAGAUUCAAAAAAGUCGAAUAUAAAAAAAAGAAAAGAGCUGAAAUUAAAGAGAAAUGGAAAAAACGAGAAGGCCUUAUAUAAGUAACAGAUUUGUGUAUAGUUUAGAUAUUGAUCUUAGGAUUUAUUGAAACAAUCUGUUUUAUAAUAAAAAAAUAAUGAAUCAAUAAAUAUUUUA